CCUGGAGGUUGACCAGAUGACCGCUGCACAAAGACUUCUCAUCAUUAUGUCUUGUGAAGCCACCAUUCAAUGGACAUUGACUGUUUUUAUUCUCUUGGGUUUUCUAGCUGGGAUUGCUUCAACACACCGAGUUGUAAGCAGAACUAAUGGAACAUUGCUGGAAAGAGGAUGGCAAUCUCUGUUAUCCAGAUCCAUUUCUGAGAUGUCAGAGGAAAAGUCAGAUGUGAACUGGGAGAAUGACUAUUUGCUAGGAAUCAAGAGGCAGCGGAGGCUCUACUGCAAUGUGGGCAUCGGAUUUCAUCUUCAAAUCCUUCCAGAUGGAAGGAUAAAUGGAGUUCACAAUGAAAACCAAUACAGCCUCUUUGAAAUAUCUACUGUAGAAAGAGGUAUUGUAAGCCUGUUUGGUGUGGAAAGUGCUCUCUUCCUUGGAAUGAACAACAAGGGGAAGCUGUAUGGAACUGCUGCUUUCCAUGAUGAGUGCAAAUUCAAAGAAACCUUGCUGCCCAACAACUACAAUGCAUAUGAAUCAAAUGCUUACCAUGGUGCUUAUAUAGCACUCAGCAAACAUGGGAGAGUGAAGAAAGGAAAUAAAGUUUCUCCUGCGAUGACAGCAACCCACUUUUUACCAAGAAUAUGAGCAGGAUCAAAGGAGAAGAUCUAAAGCCCAAGAAAAACUACUUCAUUUUGCACACUGGAAUAAUUUCCCAGAGGACCGCAAGGAAUGGAAAUUGUUCUGCAUUUUUAGUGUUGGAUUCAUUUUUGUAUUCCAUAUCAACACAAACCAGACUGCUGCCGUUGCCAAUUCUACCUAUUUUGCUUUUUCUUCUUGCUUGGAACUACUUUGGGAGGGCAGCUUCCUGCAGCCAUCUGAAGAUUUUUGACUCACUAUUCCCUAAAACUGGGAGGGGUAGAGGAGGAAGGAAUAACGCAUUUC